AUGGACAAGUUCCGGAUGAUCUUCCAGUUCCUGCAGUCCAACCAGGAGUCCUUCAUGAAUGGCAUCUGCGGCAUCAUGGCACUGGCCAGCGCCCAGAUGUACUCGGCCUUCGACUUUAACUGCCCCUGCCUGCCUGGCUACAACACGGCCUACAGCGCGGGCAUCCUGCUGGCGCCACCGCUGGUGCUCUUUCUGCUUGGCCUGGUCAUGAACAACAACGUGUCCAUGCUGGCUGAAGAGUGGAAGCGGCCGCCAGGGCGCCGGGCCAAGGACCCAGCCGUGUUGCGCUACAUGUUCUGCUCUAUGGCCCAGCGUGCCCUCAUUGCACCCGUCGUUUGGGUGGCUGUCACACUGCUCGACGGCAAGUGUUUCCUCUGUGCCUUCUGCACCGCUGUGCCUGUGGCUGCGCUGGGCAAUGGCAGCCUAGUGCCUGGCCUGCCUGCCCCUGAGCUCGCCCGCCUGCUGGCCCGGGUGCCCUGCCCUGAAAUCUAUGACGGCGACUGGCUGCUGGCUCGAGAGGUGGCUGUGCGCUACCUGCGCUGCAUCUCCCAGGCACUGGGCUGGUCCUUCGUGCUGCUGACCACUCUGCUGGCAUUCCUGGUGCGUUCCGUGCGGCCCUGCUUCACACAGGCUGCCUUCCUCAAGAGCAAGUACUGGUCCCACUACAUUGACAUUGAGCGCAAGCUCUUUGAUGAGACAUGCACGGAGCACGCCAAGGCCUUUGCCAAGGUCUGCAUCCAGCAGUUCUUUGAGGCCAUGAACCACGACCUGGAGUUAGGUCAUGCCCAUGGGGCACUGGCUGUGGCUCCUGCUGCCUCGGCGACCACAAGCCCCCUCAACGGUGCAGAGGAAGAGAGGGAGAAGCUGCGGGGCAUCACUGAUCGGGGUGCCAUGAACAGGCUGCUCACCAGCUGGCACAAAUGCAAACCACCCCUGCAGCUGGACCAGGAGGAGCCAUUGCUGAACAAUGGCUGGGCAGGGGAAGGGGCCCGGCCCCCACGCAAGGAGGUGGCCAUUUACUUCAGCAAAGUGUGA